GUUGAUGUCUAGGUAGACGCUUGACUCUAUACCAUGAGCAUAGCACUAGUAGGCUUACACUGCACUUUGAAAGAAAUGCUUAACUGUUUCAGAUGAAGCGGAACAGAAUACCCAGGAGCUGAUAUCACAGCUACAGAGACGACUGAGUCUUGAACACAAGCAAGUCGUCCAGACUCUUGCUGAACAGUGGGACCAGGAGGCCGUCGAGCGCCUGGAGACUGUCCGAGCUGAGAUGGAGGCCAAAUACACCCAGGAGCUGGAAGAGGAGAAGAAGGAGUCAGAGCAGAGGAGAGAAGAGGACAUAGAGCGAACCAAGGGGCAUGUGGAGGAGGAGUACAAGUCUGAUGUGGAGCUCCUCCUCAAGGAGCGGGAGAUGUUGGUGGAGCAUGCGGAAGAGAUGAGACAGAACCUUGACAGGGUACAUCACAAAGAGCUAGCAGACCUGAGAGCGAGCCUCAAGGCCGAGUACGAUCAGUACGUCAGAGCAAAAGAAGAGCUGGAGAUUGCCCGCUCCCAGUCUGAAGCAUCCCUCAUCGAGGAUUUGUCCCUUCUCAGGAUCGCCCACCAAGAUCUUCAGCAGCAGUACCGUGCUGAGGUAGCAUCCCUGAAGGUUCAACUGGAGCAAGCAGGAGUCACCGAUCCAGAUCAGCUCUCCGAAGAGAACAAGGAGCUCCAGACUGCCCUUACCAAACUUCGCGCCAAACUGCAAGAGGAACACAGCGAGGAGCUGAAUCAGCUGAGAGUGUACUUUGAGAAGCAGGUGGAGGAUACAGAUGAGAGAUGGAAGGCAGAGAUGGCCCAGCUGAAGAAACUCUAUGAGUCUCCUGAAGGCAAUGCUGGUAAGGAUAUAGAUGAGAAAGAUGCCAAGAGGAAAGACUAUUCCCACGCCAUGAUGACCUUGACACAUCUCUCAGACUCCGACAGCUCACCUCCAAGAUCACCUCCCAAGUUCUUGGAAGUUGAGGCAGAACUGAAGCAAGAGCUGCGGGGGCAACUGGAACAUGAGUACCAGAAAGAUCUAAGGAAUCUCAGGCUAGAGCUUGAGAGUGAACAUAAAGCAGAAAAGGCAAGGAUAAAGAUGGAGUAUGAUCUACAGAGGGAAGAGGACAUGCUGCAGCUUGAGGAUAGGUUGAAUGCCAAACACACCCAGGAUUCCAACGAUCUUGAGCUGGAUUACCUAAACCAGUUUGAGGAGCUACGGAACCAGCUUCAAGGAGACCACACCAAAGAAAUAGCCAGAUUGCAGUUGCAAGCUGCUAGUGAGUCAGCAAGGGCAGUGGAAGAGGAAGUUGCUAGGUUGACAACUGAACAUCUUGAAGCAAUGGAGGACUUAAGGAAAGAACUUGAAGAAGAGAAUCAAGCGAUACGACAGCAGAUGUCCUCUGAGCUGGCUUCUGCUGUUGCUGAAGAAAUGGAAGGACUUCGUGAAACGCUCCAAAAAGAACAUAUGGAGGAAUUGGAGAACCUGUGCCAGCAAUAUGAGAGUAGAUUGCAAACUGACUCUUCAAAAGAAGAAGCAAAUAGACAAGCAGAGGAGGUCCAAAGAUUAAAAGGUGAAUGGCAACAAGAAAGAGAACUUCUUGUAAAAGCGAGCAAAAAUGAAAUUGUUGAUGAAGUUGCAAAGAUAGUAUCUGAUGCAACGAUAGAGCGAGCCCUUUUGCAGGUUGAGGUAGAUACCCAAAACAACAUGAUAGGUAUCUGUCUUGAGCAAUUGGACAAACUUAAGAACUCUGAAGCUGAAUCCCUGCAGGGGGCCAUUGAAGAGAUGGAGCAGCUGAGACAGAAGCUUGAAGACAGUGAAGAGAGACUUCAUCAACUGAAGGAGAGCAUCAAGAAUGGAGAGGCGCCAGAGAUUCAGGAGCUGAAGGAAACCUUGAUGCGGGACUACGACAAUCGGUUAGAGUUGAUAACAUCCACGAUGAACGAAGAGAUGGAUCAGUUGGUGAGGACGACCCAGGAUCAAGCCAGAGCUGAUGUCGAGAAGAUGCAGGAAGACUUUGCUGUUCAACAUCAGGCUUUGAUGGACAGGUUUGUGGAGGAUCAGGAGAAGGCACUUGGAGAGCUCAAGGUGGGUCAUGAAGAAGAAUUGGCCAGAACUAAGGAAGAGCUUCAAACCCAGCUUACUGAACAACAGCGUAAAGAGCUUGAAGAUCUACAGGAAUCAUUCACCAAAGCCAAAGAGGAGGAGAUGGAGGCCCUGAGGAGGAGCCACAGCCAAGAGCUGGAGGAGCUCCGCCUGGACCUGAUGAAGCUCACAGAUGAAGAGAGGGAGAAGCUGGAGGAAAAGAUGAUGGAAGAAAGAAGAGGUGUUGAAGAGAUGGAGAAUAAGAUGAAAGUGAUGAAAGAGAGGCACGAACAAGAGAAAGAGGAGAUCAAGGAAGAGAUGGUUGCCGCCCACAUGCAGAAGUUUAGAGAGGUUACGGCUGAAUUGGAGGAAAGUCACAAACAGGAAAUGGAAACCUCUAACACGUCACUGCAAGCAGAACUUGAGACGGACUUCCAGGAGCGGCUCCAAGCUGUCCAGAACCAGCUCCAGGAAUCCCAGCAACAGCUCCAGGACUCCGGCCUACAACUCCAGGAAUCGGUCCAGCAGCAUGAAGAUGAGAUGAACAGCCUGAAGCAGUCUCUGGAGACGAAGAUCGCCAAGAUGGAAGAGGAGCAUGCCGACCAGCUGGCUGCCUUGGGCGCUUCCCAAGAUGACGAUGUGGAGACGGCGAAGGGCGACCUAGAGGAGGUGCAUCGGAAGGAGAUCAUUGACCUCCAGAACAAACUGGAAGCUCAAAAACAGAAAGACAUUGAAGAUCUCCAGAUGGCAUUUGAGGAAGCUAAGAAGAUACUGACGGACAAUCAUCGAGAGGUGCUGAGUCAGAUAGAAGCGGAGAAGGAAGAGAAGGUCAAAGAAAUGGAAAGAGAGAAGGAAGAAGCUUUGGAUGCACUGAAAGAUGAAAUGAAUAGGAAUGCUGAACAAGAGAAAGGAGAGAGGGAUCAGCUGAUUAAGGAGCAGGAAGAUAAAUGGAAAGAUGAGAAGGAUACACUCGUGGAAGAAAAUGAACAGCUGAAGGAGAAGAAUUCAGAGCUACUCGAGACGAUAGCCAAACGAGAGUCUGUGAUUGGUCAAUCAAAACGUGAGAAUGAAGAAGGAAGCACUCUAUUGGCUAUGCUCCGAUCAGACUUAGAUCGCCUGGGAACUGAGAGGGACGGCUUACAUCAGACCAACAACCACCUGCUCCGCGUUCUUACCCAGGUUGUUCACACUACCAUGGCAACAGAGAAUGCCAUCAACCGUCGCUUAGGAGGGGGGUCGAGACCGACCCCCUCCCGCCAGCAGGAGAUGGACAGGAGGGGCGAUGGGCGACCCUCCUCCCCAAGGAUCGAUCUUCUUAGGGGUGCUGUUGGAGGACACCAUGAUAGGCCAGGAGACUCCAGCUCCGAUGGUGACAUCCUUCAUGAUACCAGCGUCGCCUCUCUGUUCAGUGACGAAGGUUUGGAACUCUCACAGCACAUCAAUGAGAGUAUAUUUGUGGGACCGGACCUUGAUUCGGAAGGCGAGGAAAUGGUCACAGGUGCCACCACCAGGCUCCACUCAGCAGUGGAACGGCUCCUGGACCAGUUCUCCGACUCCAGCACCCAGUCAGACCAUCGGCGUCCUGUCCAGGCCGAGGGCUAUGCCAGCUCUGCCUCCAGCAAGGAGGAGGACUCCCUGUCCAGGAGCACUGGACCAGGAGGUGGAGACAGGGAUGAUCUCCUGAGGAGACUCCAGGCGGAGAUCAGGGAGAAAGAGAGGCUCGCGGUGGAGCUCCAUAAAUCAGAUGGUCUCCUUGAUGGCAUCACUGCUGAGAAGUCAGAGGUUGAAGAAGCCUUGCAGCGAGCCCAGCAGCGCCACCACGACAUGGUCGUCCAGAUGGAGGCUCUAUCAGAGCGUCUCACAGAGAUGACCAAUGCUAACCAAGCUCUACAGGAUGCGCAGGAUCAGUUUGAACAACAGAGGGCGGUUCUCGCAGAGCGCCUUGGUCUAGAGGAUCUUGGCUUGAUAGAGGAGAACACCCAGUUGCGCCACCAGGUCCAGGCCCUCACCCUCGAGCACCAGGACAUGGAGCGACAGGCAGCCAAGACCAAGACCUACCUAGAGCAGCAGAUCCAGGCGCUGGAGACCACCACUGAGGAACAGAUUUCUGGAGCAAAGAAGCAGGAGGAGGCGGCUCGCCUUCGGGCGGAGGAUCUUCAGAGACAGGUGGAUGCAGCCAAGAAGCUUCAAAGCUCCCACAAGCAGUUCCUAGAGCAACAAUCUGCAGACAGGGAACAGGAGAGGGAAGAGUUCCAGAGGGAGAUUGCACGGCUGGAGGAAGAGUUGAAACAGAAAGAGAAACCUGGGCAGGAUUUGGAGCAGCUAAAGAAAGAAAACCAAGACCUGAAGGAUGAGAUCAGUCUAUCUCAGAGUGCUGCAGCCGAUUCAGUCUCCCGUAUACAACAGCUAGAGAAAGAGGUCUCAUGGAAGCAGGAUACAGUGACAGAACUCGCUAGACAGAUCAAGGAGCUAGAACGGCAGGUUGAUGACCAGAAGAAGCUACCGGCCAAGGUUUCAGAACUUGAGGCUGAGCUACGGGGCGCCCUCCAUCUCCAAGAAGAGAUGAGACAUGAGAAAGACGCUCUCCAGAAACAAUGCUACGACCAACUCCUCCAGAUCUCGGCACUCCAGUCCAAACUGGAUGCCCACAAACAUGGCCUGGACAGUCGCGUAGCGCCCUCGUCUAGUUCUACAAAGUCUUUGGAUGAUACCAACGAAGGUCCGAUGUCCCUGGCUCAGCAGUGGGAGCAGGACAAGGAAGCUUUGGACAGGAAAGACAAAGAAAUUGCUGACUUAGUGGAGCAGCUGGAGCAAUUUAGAGAAGACCUCACAAACAAGGAUGAGGAAAUUGCCCAGCUUCAGCUCCAGCGUGAGGUUGCCUCCAGGGAGCAAGGAUCUGGGAGAGAAGACAUGGAGGAGGAGAUCAACCAGGUCAAAGCAGAGAAUGAGAGAUUGAAGGAUGAGCUCCAGGCUCCUCCUCUGGACCAGGAGGAGGCCUCCUUACCCAGGCUGGCCCAGGAGCUCCUGGAGGAGAAGAACCUGGAGAUAGACCAGCUGGAGGAGCAGGUCCAGCAGCUCCAAUCCAGACUGGGCCAGGAUACCAGGAGUCUGGGUCGAUAUCAGGAGAGGGAGCUGGUGGUGGAGGAGGUGAUCCGGGUGGAGAGGCGGUCAGCAGAAGGUUCUCCGGUAGAGGAUGCCAAAGCAGAGGAACUGAAUCAGCUUCGCCUGGAGCUGGAGACCCAGGUGGCGGCCAAGGACCAAGAGAUCUCCAUGCUUAGGCAGCAAAUCAGUGAUCGAGACGAGAGCAAUGUGCUGUCCAACCCUGCAGUUCAAGAGGUCAUUGAUAGAAUGAGACAACACACACAGGAUGAGGAACAACAGAGGAAGCAACUUGAGCAAGAAGUAAGCUCACUUAGAAAGAUCAUGGGUAUUCGUGAGAGGGAGGUAACAGAGUUAGAGGCACAGCUUGUUAGAACUCAAGAGCAGGCCUUAUCCCAGGGGGAGGAUGCUUCACAACAGGACAAUGAAGCUCUCCAUAUAACAAUUCAGGAUAAAGAGCUUGAGAUCAUGAGCCUCAAGGUGGAGAUGGAUAGGCUUGAGGAAGCGACCUUCCAAACCCAGCAGCAAGAGCAGCAGGCAAGGAUUCCGGAGGCCACGCCCAUCCCAGCAAGCUCCGCCCUGGAGGAGGCGGUCAAGAAUCUAGAGGAGGAGCUCAGUCAAGAGAGGAGUCGAGCGUCCGAGAUGGAGGCCGACUACCAGAGACGGUUGGCCGGUCUCAAGGGUCUUUCUCCUGGAAAGACUCUUGCUCAGAAACUGAAUGAGAUCCGUGAGGAGCUCACCCGCCAGCACCAGGAGCAUGUGGCCGACAUCCAACACACCAUGAACAAGGAGGCGGAGCUUCGUAUUGAACAAAUCAAGAAGGAGCACGCCCACCAAAUACAACUCCUUGAGGAGCGCACUAGAUCGCAGGUGCAUGAGGCAGUGCUGAAGACCAAUCAAGAUCUACUGGUCGCUCAUGGGGAGGAGAAGGCUAGGAUUGAGGAGGAGCAUAGAAAGCAGAUGGAGAGGCUUGCUGCAGCCACGCCCAUCAAUAUUAGCUCACUCGGAGAUGUUGGAGACCUUUUACACAAGGAGGUUGAAAACACCGCAAGAUUGGACUCCAACCUUCUUGGUCAUCUGAGGCGUCGCCAGGGUGGGGUAGGGAGAGAGCAGCCCCCAGGGGAGGGUUCCGUGACCAACGGGGAUACAUCUGACCUUGAUAUGACCAAUGGGGAGAUCCCACCAAGGUUACAGGGUGUCUUAGCCAGACUUCACAGCGAGGGCCUUCAGGUCCUAUCCCUCUCCGACCUUCGCUACCUACGCCAAGCUACCUCACCUCGCCCGUCUGUCCGCAGGGGCACGGACAUCGCCUCGUUGCAGAAUGCCUGGCAGAAUGAGAAGCAAGCUCUUCUAGAUGCCAUCCAAGCAUUGAAAGACUUAAUCACACAAACCACUGCUGGUCUCAGGAAUGAUGAACUUGACUGGAGGGGCGACCUUCUUAGGGCCAUCCAAGGUGUCUUUGAUCAAGAGAGGGAGUCCUUGCUGGCUGAGCUCAGGACGCAUGUUGUAGCCAGCGGAGACCAAGAUCUCUCUCAAGUUCAGCUCCUUGAAAGGAGGAUAAGAGAACAGGAGAGCCAUCACAAAGCAGCCAUGGAGCAGAUCUACGGGGCAGACCGUGCCUCACUUCUCUCUGAAGUUCAUGACCUGCGGGUCAAUCAUAACGCAUCUCGCAUCGAACUCCAGGAGGUACGACAGAGAUCUACCCAGCAGCUGAGUGCCUUGGAGGAACAGAGCUCCAACAGGGAGAAACAACUCAAAAGGCAAUUGGAAACGAUGGAGCACAAGUUCAGGCAGGAACGGAUCCUUGCUGAUGAUCUCCGGACCUCACUCACCGUUGAGCGGCAGAAGAUUUCCCAGCUUGGCGCCUCUCUCGGCAAUGAGAAAAAGCUGGUCUCGGACCUGCGGGAUGAAAUCGCAGAGCUUCAGUCUCUCGUCGAUAGGCUGCAUGCUGCGAAGGACGACUUUGAGAGCCGCAUGACGGAUAUUGGGAGUGUGGCCGAAAAAGCUUUAGCUGCCUUGGAGGGUGAGAAGGCAAGAACAGUAACGCUGCUUGAGAGUCUUGAGUCGGAGAAGAGAAACGUGUCCAAACUCUACGAAACCUUAUCUAAGGAGAGUGACCGGUCAGCUCACACCAGGGACAGGGAUCAGAAAUUACUGAAGGAAAUGAGAAAAGAGUUAGAAGUAGAGCGUGUGAAAGCCAACGAAAUAAGCAAAUCCCUCGAAGCUGCCAGAGAACGUGCAGAGAGUCUGAGCAGGGAGCUGGAAGCGGAGAGAAACGAGAGCGCCAACACGGUCAGCUCGGAGCAGAUGAAGAUGUUUGACCUCAAGAGGGCGCUGGACGUGGAGAAGACAAGAUGCCAGGAAGCUCACACUGCACUUCAGAGGGAAAGAACACUAAAUGCCCAACUCCACGAAACCCUAGAACAAGAAAGGCGGUCAUUUGCUGAUGACUCUCUCAGGGAUAAAUCCGCAGUCUCGGACCUUCAGAAUCUACUGGAAGGGGAGCGGCGAAAAGCCAGUGAACUUCAUUCCACCAUUCAGCAGCUAGAGAGCCAGAUAGGUCGACUAGAGGGGGCGCUGCACUCUCAGAGGUCACAGGGUUCGGACGUGGUGGAAAGGGAGAAGGCCGUGAAUCGUAAACUGAAAGAGAGUCUUGAAAACCUUGAUGCUCAAUGCAGAGAUUUGAAUGCCAAGCUGUCCAUGUCUCAGGAGACCGCAUCGAAAGCCCAGGCGGACCGGGAUCGGCUCCAGGCAACGCUGACCAGUCAGAAGGAGCUCCAGCUGGACCAGGAGACCAGCAGAGAGACAGAGAGGGAGGCGGAGAAACAAAGGCAGAAAGAGAGGGAGAAAGAAAGGGAGACUGAGAAGCAGAGAAAGAGAGAUCGGGAGCUGGAGAGACAGCUUGACAAGCAGAAGAUGGACGCCCUGGAGGAUAAGCUGAUAGAGACUCAGCGAACUAUCAAGAGAAUGGAGAGAGAGAACAUGAGAAUCCAGGAAACGCAGGCCAAUGAUGAUCUACAUAGAGCUAUAGAGAAGGAGCUACAUAAUGACUCAGGGAGCCCUUAUCGAAGGAAAGAAGGUGGGGCCACCAAGACGGAACGGGCCAGUCUUGACCUGUACAAAGGUCAGCUGGAGUCGGUCAGACAGAGGUUACAACUCAUGGCGGUCAAGCAACACGAAGAACUCUCCAAGAUCGAAAGAGCCACACUUUCAGCUGAUAGAGUACCAUCUUCCACAGUUCAGGAGCUAAGAUCAGUUGAUGGCGCUCUUGUUGAACUUAUCACCGAAUUACGUCAAAUACAUGCUGCCCUCGCUCUGCUCUCUGAAUCCCAGCCACCACUUGUGACAUCAACGGCAUCCAGGAUCAACGAGCGACUUCUGGAGCAGAACGCAGAGAUGAGCAGCUACGUGUCACAGCUCAGCACAGAGAAAUCAGAACUCAGGGGGGCGCUGUCUAAGCUCGAAGAGGAGAUUUGGCAGUUCCGGCAGAGGGAGGCCCAGAGACUGCAGUCUCCAAGAGGAGGAGCAUCCACUGACAAGAAUACAGAAGCUCUCCUGGCGAAGGAGAGGGCUACAUGGGCACAGGAGUGCCUGGCUACCCAGAGCUCGCUGCAAGAAGCUGAGAGGCAGAUCAUCCAGCUCAAGCUUGACCUUGAGAGGGGUAAUCUGAGGAGGGAACAUGUCAAUGGGGAAACCUCGGAGCAGCAACAACAACAGAAGAUCCAGCGUCUCUACGGGAAGUACCUGAGGGCGGAGAGUUUCCGCAAGGCGCUGGUCUACCAGAAGAAGUACCUUCUCCUGUUACUGGGUGGCUUCCAGGACUGUGAGCAGGCAACCCUCUCACUGAUCGCCAAGAUGGGGGCUUACCCUUCACCUGAAGACCUCAGAGACCAGCCUUCAAAGCAUGGCAAGGGUUUCACUAGGUUCAGGAGUGCAGCUAGGGUCGUAAUAGCAGUGUCAAGACUGAAAUUCCUCGUGAGAAAAUGGAGACGUGCGACCCGGUCAGGGUCCCGAGAGCUCAUGGGGUCGGCAACCGCCCCGUCCAGUGCUUCCCAACCCCACAGGACCAGUGCAGCACCUCUUUCAACUGCCUCGCCCACUACCAGCACCACCAACCCAUCACAGUCGCACCCUACUGGGGCUCAUCAGGGGCGCUAUACCUCCCCUCUCAGGGCUUCCCCAAGGAUAGGGGAGUAUUUGGGGGAUUCCCCACCAGUCAGGGACAGGGGAGCGUAUGGUAUGAUUAACGGCAUGGCCCAUGGGGGCGCUGCAGGAGGGUAUCAACCAGGGAGGACGAGAACCAGCACCUCGCCCCUCUCACACAGACUUGGUAGCGGAUCGCAUCUAGGCACCUCUCCUGCUGGUGGCACUCACAGUACAGGUAGACUAGGAGUAGGAGCGACGUAUGCCUCGGAUCUCAAUGAGUCAGACGGGUCUUUUUAUAUCAGAAAGAUUGAGGCGUUGCAAGAGAGGUUAAGGAAAACAACAAUAGGGCGAGAGGAGAGUUCUUCCACAUCAAGAUACAGUUACGUCAAGAGGUAACAUUAAAUCUUCUGCUUGGCUACUCCAGCUCACCUAUCCAUAGGAAAAACUCGCAGAAACUUUGUGAAAUUCAAAACAGGACUUUGCCUCAUCUUGUUGGAGGAGGAAGAAAAUGAGAUAUAAAGGAAGGAAAUGUGAGAUUCCAAUGAAAAGUGAAUUCUUUUGGUGUUAUAGGACAUAAUACUCAUCCAAUCAUAACCAGAGAAAGUCACAUGAUCAUUGACCAAUCAGGCAAUUAUAGGUGGUGUCUGCAGUGAUGUCACAGUUCAUACCUAUAUAGGGUUUACAAAUCUUAGAUCAUCUAUUUACAUUGUCGCUUGAAAUCGGUCUUCACCACCUUAUUCUUCUUCUUGAGUCAGUACAACAUGCCUUCCCAGUCCAGUGGGUGAUUCGCAAAGAUUUGAGUGUUGUUAAAAGUUGCCCUUGAAUUCCUAGUUGCGUCAGGUGUAUAACACAUCACCGCAUUGGUCAGAUCUUGCUCAAUGGAGACGUGGCACUGUGUAGUCAUCGGUAAUGUUACACUUCAAUCGCUGUGUUGUGUUGGCGCUAAAGCACCAUUCCAAAUCAAACCGACCUGUGAAAACUUAUGUCACUCCAAGGCCUGUUUACAUGAAAUUACAAUUGAUUGUAAUAUGCCUUUGAUAGUCAUGCCACUCAAAAGGGAAUCAAUAUCAAGGUUUGGCUUGCGAGUUACUUGCAAACAGAAUUACAGGUAGAGGUCAAUAAGUGACAAUAAAUGUAUAAAAACAUAAAGUAUACAGCAUGGAUUUAAGAAAAUCAAGUAAAAUCAAGGACAAUCAUAAUGAAACUGCUUUUAAUCAACAUAUAUCCUAUAUUAGAGAAUAAUGUACCCUUUGUGUUGUGUUUUAUUAUUUAGCUUUUAUUUAUUGUAUAUGUAGGCCAAGCUCCGCUGAGCAUCAAGUUAGUCUGAAUUAAUAAAGUAAAAUUGAAUCAGCAUAACUGAAAAAUUUCAUGAAAAUCAGAUGUAAAGUUUCAUAUAUAAAAAAAUAUAUAUAUAUUUGUGGACAAGACAGGUGAUAUGCAAAUGAGAGAGUCACUGGCGUCACACAGUUGUAUUUUUCUUUUGAAUUUUAUUAAAGUAAAUAUAUUUUAGCUUUUGCAUAUUUGAUGGCAAUGAAACAAUUGAUUGAAUCAUAAUUACAAUAAUGGCGAUUUUAUAUCUUCAUGGAGCACCCAAGCCUUAUUUUUAAUUGUAAGAGGAUAAUUGAUAAUAAUUCAUAUUCAGUAAAAAAAAGAAGAAAUAAUUAGGGUUUCUGCUGUCAUCGGCCAGCUCAUUUGUAUAUGACCCGUUCUGUGCAUACAUGUAUUUAUCUGUUAUUUUAAAUAAAGCAAAAUCUUAGAAUGUCACAACUUUCCCAUUUUACAUCUGAUUUUCUUGUAAAGAAAGUGAUUGGUGUCACAACUUUUCUGCUUUACAUCCGAUUUUCUUGGAAAGAAAAUGGUUGGUGUCAUGUCUGUGUGAUUUGUCUAUUUUCAUUCAAAUCAACUUGUUGUUGUGGUGGAGUAAGAAAGUAAUCACGGUUUAUUUAUUAUUAUUUUAUGUGGUCAUCGCAGGGAGAAAUUUAUGAGAGUAUGUAUUGUGUGUAUAACCGUAAUGUUCAUUCCCAGUGGGACGUGUUUUUUAAGUAGGUAGAUAAAAUGGUGGCAUUCCCCAAAAGUAUGAACCAACAUCAGAGGCCUGUUUCAUAAAACUUGUUAUAACAGAGUCGGCAUAGCCGUUAAAAGCUACUGACAUCCUUAUAUCUGAUUGGCUGAUGGUAAAUUUGUUACAGAAUUUGUGCAUUUGUUAUUAUAACAAGUCUUUAUGUAACGGAACCCUGAUUUUUGCGACCAUUGCUCCUAUUAUAUUUUCUUUCCUAAUUGGGUUAGGGUUGUGAUCGGGCUUUGGAUCAGAAUCUUGUGAGGAUUAGGUUUAUGAUUAAGAUUAAUUUUAGUAUUAGGUUUUAUAUAUGUCAUAAUUUGUUGACUUCCAAUAGGAAUGGGAGCAAUUGUUGCAAGAGCAAAUAUUGUGCAUUGAAGAAACUUGAAACAUUCCUUUAUUUGUUUUUAACCCUGAAUUGGGUUGUUGUUGCUGUAUUGGGCAUUUUCACAAGCACUGUACAAAAUUCAGUUUCAACUUUAUGUAAUUCAGACUAAAUCCAAACUGCAGUGAUGUUCUGUUUGAUUACUUGGACAUAAAAGGUAGCAGGUAUUGUCUUCUCAUGAUACAAGUAUUGAUUGGUUAAAUAUGAAUUUUUACAGUUUACUUGAAAGGCAGUUUGUAUUUUUUCCAGGAUUCAAAAUAAAUAUUGUACUUUUGGGUAUUUUUGUAAUUGUGAGUUUAACAUUCAGAUUAGAAUCAUGCAUACCCCCAUACAGUCAAGUAUUCUGUACAUAUCUUUCUGUGUAUUGGAGAUAAUGCUCUACCCCAAGAUACAUGCUGUGUGCAUUGGGCAUUCUUAGGCAUGGCGUCCGGCAAACAUGGUUUCCGGCAAGCACAGAUUAUCUUGUCAUUUUGAUAUCGAUGCUGUUUUAACCAGGGUACCAUUCUUUGGCUUGAAUUCGUUUAGAGACCAAGUCCAUCCCACAAAAUGAAUGAAGUUUAAAUCAGUAGACUAUAGUAAAAAUAAUAAUAUCAACAGAUUUAUCAACAUCAGAUAAGAAAUAAUGAAGCAGUUACACAUUAUUUUGUAAAAUAGCAGAAGCAGGAAGUGGUCUAAUAGAUUUCAAAAUAUUACUUUUCAUUUUUACAUUGCAAAUGUUCUAACUUUCUGCUCCAAAACUGUCUUGAAGAAGGUCUAAUUCUACUUAAACUGCAUGGAAUUCCCUAUUUGAUAUGCAUUUGAAAAGAAUUCCUUAUGCACAUUAUAGGGAGAAAUUGGUUUUUAUUGAUUUCAUACUUGAGAUUUUUUAUAUAUACCCUUUUUAGGCAUUCCACUUGUUUUUUUUUACUCUUGAUUUAAUUCAAUUCAUUUUUAGUGGUCUUGGCUUUUAACUGUAAACACAUGCAUGAGCGCAUGUUCCUGCACAAUUUUGCUCACUUUUAUUUUCAGUUUGAACAAUUAUGUUACAUGCAAUAUCAGAGGGAAUUUAAAAGAAACAUUCUCUUAUUCACUACUGCAUCCUAUUAUACAUGAAAAAAAAAUGUGCAUGAGGAAUAGCUUUCCUUAUAUAGGCCUAUAUAUCAAUACUUCAUCAAUAUUAGAGACUUUUGACUUGUGUGUAGCAUUGUAAAAUAGACUAUUUAUUUACAUCAAAUUAUCAAUAUAUUUUUAGAGGUGAAAAAGCAAUUUGUUCUGUACUGUGUAAAAUGCCUACAUUUUAAUUUUGGUUAUUCUUACCACUUGUUUUCCAUAUUAAUGAGCCAUCGUGAAUUUAGUGAUGGUUACGUGGACUGCAGUGAGUCUUUGUGCUGAAGAUUUACAUCUCUAUAAAUUAUCUUUAUGAGCUCACUACCUAUUUUUACCACAAAUUAUAUUUUGUACUCGUCGUGAAAAUCAUCCGUUUUCAUCCAUGUACGUGUUCCUUGCGAUUGUGGGUAUCAUGCGUGAAAACCAGAAAUGCCUUUAACAAUGGAGGCUGAGAAAAAGACUAGCUCCAAAAGGAAAGCUAGAUUCAUUGUUGUGUUCCAAUACUGAAAGUUUUUGCAACUAACAACUGACAACAUUCCAUUUCCAAAAAGAUUGUAUAUUUGCAACAUUGAUUGAUGAUACAUACCAUUUUUGCCUUAAGUAUCUUUUUCUCCACAUUAUUGUGAUCGUUUGUGGUUUUAGUUGUUGAUAUUUUUGUUGUAUGCAUUUGUUUUUGAAAACUGACCUCUAAGAGAAUAAUAAUUUUGAAUUCUAGUUUCCCUACAUGGUAGAAUGAUCUAUGAAUUUAAAACAAAAGUUAGGAAAUAGUUAAAAAUAAUGAAUUUAAAAAAUGGAGGCGUAGUAGAGUAUCUAUUGGAAAGACAGUAUUGAAAUUUAAAGUAUUCUGGUUUAGCUCAUGUGCCAAAAAUUCUACUUAAUACCUUUUAAUUUUUGACUUUAGUAUUGAUUAUUAAUCACAUAUUUACUCCCAACUAAAAGAAUGACCUAUAUCUUAAUGAUCUUAAAAUUUAGUCAGAUUGUCAUAAGACUAGUGUAAAUUGUUAUUUAUUAUGCGAUUGCGCAUAUUGAUUUUUAAGUUAAAUAUUGUAUUUUGUGUCGCUUUUUAUUUUCAGUGCAAUGAUUUCGCACCUUCUUGGUAAUUUGUAAAUUAAGAAUGUUAUUAUGAAGAAUUGUAGUGAUAUGCUUCCGAUACUAUGAUUGAUGCCAGAAUGAGAUUUAUUUUAUUUCUUCUUGUAAGCUACCAUACCUACGCAUUACGAGAUGCUGUGUGAUUUUAAAUAGUAAUCUGUAUAAAGUGACAAUAAAAUGAAAUUAUUGAAAUGAUGAAAACACAAUUAAA